AUGUUUGACCCUCGUGCGGUGGGCGGAGUGUGUGCGCUGGCCAACGUCCUGGGCGUGGAGGUGUGUGAGUUGGAGCGUCUGUGUGUAUCCGGUCGCUGGGACGACGCCAGAGUCCUGCAGCAGCGCCUGAUCGAGCCCAACGCCGCCGUGACCAGGAAGUUGGGAGUUCCGGCCCUGAAGCAGGCGAUGGAGUGGUUCGGUUACCACGGCGGCGCCUGUCGAUCACCUCUGCAGCCGCUCAGCGAGGCCGAGACUCAGCAGCUGAAGCGGGACUUCACGUCUAACGGCUGGCUGUGAGAGGUGUGUGUGUGUGUGUGUGUGUGCGUGUGUGUCUUUUAGCUGUUCCUAAUUAAAAUAAAGUUAUUCAGUUUAAAUUCAAUAUUCAUGUUACUAACAUCACAUAUGAAGCUAAAUGAAAUGUAAUAAAACAUUUAAGGCACAUUUACUAAACUAAAGUAUAUUUUUGUGUUAAAAUCCUUCAACAUUACAUUUUAACAAACUGUUUGAAUCAAAAUAUCAAAAAACUGAUCAACAUAUUUAACCUUCCUGUCGUCCUCCCGGGUCAAAUUGACCCCGUCUGUUUUAACUGUUCCUUCUUUCCUCCCUUCCUUCCUUCCUUCCUUCCU